AUGACAGCCAAGAGAUCAUUGAUUACUGACUAUUUCUCCCAGGUUGGGGGUACUGUUAAGAAGUGUAAACCAGCGCAUACGUCGAAAGUUGAUGAAAAGCCCAAAGUGAUCCCAGAAACUAAACCUAGAGAAACGAAACCACCAACAAAGAACCCUUCACUUGAGUUCACAUCUUUUAAUAAACAAGAAUGGAUAAACAGUUUAACUCUGGAGCAGAAAGAAUUGUUACAAUUGGAAAUUGAUACAUUACAUAUCUCGUGGUUAUCUAUGCUUUACAAAGAACUAACCAAACCCUAUUUCCUCAACUUGAAAAAGUUUCUUCAGUCCCAACAAAAACAAGGCAAAACGAUCUUCCCUAAACCGCAACAUAUCUAUUCAUGGUCUAACCUUACUCCAUUACCCAAUGUCAAAUGCCUCAUACUAGGCCAAGACCCUUAUCAUAACCAUAAUCAAGCACAUGGACUAGCAUUUUCAGUAUUGGAGCCAACUAGACCACCACCUUCGUUAAUCAACAUAUACAAGACAUUAACUAUUGAUUAUCCUGAUACUUUUAGAGUGCCAGACUACCAAGAGUUGUUGAAACAAGGAAAACCAGGUGGUGGCAAUUUAACUAAAUGGGCAACAAAUGGAGGUGUAUUGAUGCUUAAUGCAGUCUUGACAGUUGAAGCCCAUAAAGCAAACAGCCAUGCAAACCAAGGAUGGGAACAAUUCACUGAACAAGUGAUCAGGGUAGCUUUAGAAUAUCAUCAAAAGCAUAAGAGUGGGUUUGUUAUAAUGGCAUGGGGUACACCAGCACAAAAGAGAUUGAAACCAUUCGAAAAGAUGUUGACAAAGAAUAGUACCAGUGGCAAUGGUAAUGAUCAGUUUCUAGUGUUGAAGACGGUUCACCCUUCCCCAUUGUCUGCUCAUAGAGGAUUUUUCAACCUGCAGGUGUUUAAAAAGUGUAAUGAUUGGUUAGAGAAGCACAAUAGAGAUGUGAUAGAUUGGAGUGUGUACUGA